CAACGGAAGUCCGUGAGGUUCAGUGUUGUUUGAUUAUCAACAUUCUUCGAAAUAUCUUAUUUUGUGUUCUGAAGUAGAAAGAAACUCGUAUAGGUUUGACAUGUUAUGAGGAUAAAUGAAUGCUGAAAAAAAACCUAUACUAUACAGACUAUACUUUUCUUCUCUAAGCUGUAAAUGCAAAAUAUUAGCAAAACAUGUAUUUUUGAAUCCAGGGUCCGCCCACUUUUACUUUUUCACUGCAAUUUUUCUCAAUUCUGUCCACCCGUUUCCUUUCAUUGUUUAAUCUUUGAUAAAUGUCCGAUUCUUUCACGUGUUUCCAUCACCAUCAGAAAUGUUUUCUUUAAAACAUUGAUGCACAGGAAUCAUUGGUGUGCUUGUAACUCUCAAGUUUGGAUCUGAGUGACGCGUGUGUUGAAACCACAUGUUAUUGUAGAUCUUAACUUUCAUCUGCAUUCACUUCCUGUUUGUGUCCAUUUGACUUCAACCCUGAACUUCAUGCUCGUACAGUGCGGCUUUCAUGAAGGCUUUAUUUUUCCAGCGAUGUCAUUCGAGUGAUGCGACUGUCAAUCAGACGAGGAUCUGUAGUCCUGUUCACCCUGUUUGUAGUCUGCACUCUCACCAGGACCCUGUUUCGUGUCCUCAAAUGUCACGGAUCACCUCCCGGUACACGUCUGGUGUCUGUGGUUCGAAACUGGAACCAGACUCAGUACCGUUACGACCAGCACACCCCGGUCGUGUUUGUGGGUGGGUUUCCUCGCUCGGGGACCACCCUGAUGCGUGUCAUGCUAGACGCCCACCCCGACAUUCGCUGCGGGGAGGAGACGCGGGUGAUUCCCAGAAUCCUCGCGCUGAGACAGAGCUGGGGACGUCACGGUCUUGAGGGUCGCAUGCUCGAGGAGGAGGGCAUCGGUCAGGAGACGCUGGACGCGGCGACCACAGCUUUCAUACUGCAGACCAUCGCACGUCACGGCGAACCUGCACCACUGCUGUGCAAUAAAGACCCGUUUACACUCAAGAGUGCUGUUUAUCUCUCACACCUGUUCACCAACUCAAAAUUUCUGCUGAUGCUGAGAGACGGCCGGGCGUCAGUGCACUCCAUGAUCUCCCGGCGAGUCACCAUCGGUGGAUUUAACCUGGCCAACUACAGAGACUGUCUGUCAAAAUGGAACAGUGCAGUGAAUGCGAUGUUGUCUCAGUGUCUGGCUGUGGGCAGGAGGAGGUGCAUGACGGUACGCUACGAGGAUCUGGUGUUACAGCCACGUGCUACCAUGAACAGCAUACUGCGAUUCCUGAACACACCGUGGCACGAAGGGGUGCUUCACCACGAGGACGCCAUUGGGAAACCAGGAGGAGUGUCACUGUCCAAAACCGAGCGUUCCACGGAUCAGGUGAUCAAACCGGUUAACCUGGAGGCCCUCACGCGGUGGGUGGGACACAUCCCAGCAGACGUCCAGGAGGACAUGGAGAACAUCGCUCCGAUGCUCCGCAGGCUGGGAUACAACCCUAAUGCCAAUCCUCCAGACUAUGGUCAACCGGAACCUGAAGUGGUCAACAAUACACAAAGGCUUUUAAAAGGAGACUUUAAAACUCCAGCAAACUUAAAGAGAUGGGACCAAAUACCUCAGAAGAGAGAGAAACUUAAUGGUUGAUCAGUUUAAUAACUUCACAACAAGUGUCAGGAUACAGAGAGAGCUGGACAUCUCUGAAAAUGAUAUUUGUAGAGGACUGGGUCACAAUUUACCCAAACAUCACCAUAACCCAACUGAACAGAUUCCUAAAUCAAGUGAACUGCCGUCGAAUGUCAUAAAAGUGAAUGUUAACACAGUAAUAUAUCAUAAAGCAUAUUUCACAUCUGCAUUUGUGAUUUUUCUCAGGUAUAUUUAUUAUUUCCUGCUGUAUUGUGUAGAUUAUAUUGUUUUAUUUUCGCGUAGAAAAUGACAAAGAUCACUGCAGUUGUGUUGUUUUGAGGAAGAGAAGCCGUGACGACGCGCUGUUGCUAUGUGCGCUCGUGCAUUUUCCUGACCUACUUAAAUCGAGUCAUUUUUCAUUUGCAAGUGCCAACACGCCUCUUUAACCCUCUUAAUGACUCCAAAUGGAUUUUAUUUUAAUAAAGAAAUAAUGAAAACAG